AUGCAGUGGAGCGACACGAACAACCCCCGCGAGGACAGCGUGUUUGCGCGCGUGAAGGCCGCAGUGCGUGGCGGCGGCGGCCCAAAGGCCGUCGUCGAGGCCCUUCGCCAGUUUCGCGAGCUGGAGGACGAGCAGAAGCUGCACGGGGAGAAGGGCGUCACGCAUAAGCUCUUCAUUGACCUCCUGCGGGAUUUUGGCAUGCGGUUUCGCGACGGGGAGGCGGACUACUUGUGCACCGCCUUCGACGACGACGGGGACGGCUACAUCACCUCCAGCCGCUUCGUGCGCCACUUCACCGGGUUGAACCUCCGACGCCACAAGGCCGUCCUGCGCGCCUGGGAGGUGCUGCCAAAGAAUGAGCGGGGGGAAGUCUCCCGCGGUGAGCUACAGGAGCGCUACGCCCUCAGUGGGACCCGCGGGGACCUCAGCGUCACGUUUGCCUCCCCGCCCCGCGCCGCGAGGGACGCGCAGGGCGCUGACGCGGCCGAUUCCGCCGCCGCCGAGCCGUACGAUGCCGGCACGGUGAGCCUUGAGGAGUUUCUUGCUUUUUUUGCCGCCGUCAGUGUGGAGUUCCCGCUGGAUGAGCAGUUUGAGCUCUACAUGCUGCGCGAGUGGGACGCCGACGUCGCGACGCGGCCAACGAUGAAUGAAACGCGCCGCGACUGGGGCCCGGACGGUGUCGACCCACUCGCCAUCACGAAGCCACUGUUUGUGCAGGACGCACUAAACACCGCGUUGGGCGUGUCGUCGAAGAGUUACAACUUCUCGCACAUGCAGCGCGUGCACCCGUACGUAGAGCCGUUGCCGCCGCUAGAGCGGGACUACUUGAGUGUCACAAAGAGAGACUUCCGCCCCUUUUCAAGGGACGAGCGGAUUGCCGCCAACACGCUGCGCCACCGAUAA